AUGAACAUGUUGUCUAUGAAGGCUAGCCAUGACUCUCAUGGCCAAGACUCUAGUUACUUUCUAGGAUGGCAAGAGUAUGAAAAGAAUCCUUAUCACCCCUUUCAAAAUCCAAAUGGAAUCAUCCAGAUGGGACUUGCAGAGAAUCAGCUUUCGUUUGACCUUCUAGAAUCAUGGCUUCAAAAAAAUCUUGAUAUAGUGGGGUUGAAGAGAGAUGGGGUAUCCGUAUUUAGAGAACUUGCUCUAUUCCAGGACUACCACGGCUUACCUGCUUUCAAAAAUCAACUGGUGAACUUUAUGGCAAAAAUAAGAGAAAACAGAGUCAAAUUCAGUGCGGAGAAGCUUGUCCUCACAGCUGGUGCCACUCCAGCGAAUGAGAUUCUCAUGUUUUGCCUUGCUAAUCCAGGGGAAGCUUUCAUCCUUCCCACACCUUAUUAUCCUGGGUUCGAUAGAGAUCUUAAAUGGCGAACCGGGGUUGAGAUUGUUCCAAUGCAUUGCUCGAGCUCAAACGGUUUCAAAAUCACUUCCUUUGCUUUAGAACAAGCCUAUCAACAAGCACAGAAACAAAGCCUCAAGGUGAAAGGGGUGCUAGUAACUAACCCCUCGAACCCACUAGGCAUAACCAUGACAAAAACAGAGCUUAACCAUCUCGUUGACUUCGCCAUUGACAAGGGAAUUCAUAUAAUAAGCGAUGAAAUCUACUCAGGCACAGUCUUCAACUCACCCAAAUUCGUGAGCAUCAUGGAAGUUGCCAACGAGAGAAGUUCUCAAUUCCAUGAAAUUUUGAACCGUGUUCACAUCGUUUACAGUCUCUCUAAGGAUCUCGGGGUGCCGGGGUUUCGAGUGGGAAUGGUUUACUCAAACAACGAAAUGGUUGUAUCCGCUGCGACCAAAAUGUCAAGCUUUGGACUCGUUUCCUCACAAACUCAGUACUUACUUGCUCACUUGCUCUCUGAUGAAAAUUUCACUUUGAAAUACUUGGAGGAGACUCAGAGAAGGCUUAAGCAGCGCAGGGAAGUGCUUGUCUCUGGCCUCAGAAAUGCAGGGGUUCGUUGUUUGAAGGGCAAUGCAGGGCUGUUCUGCUGGGUGGACAUGAGAAACCUGUUAAGCUCUUCUACUUUUGAAGCAGAGAAGGAGCUUUGGAAGAAGAUUCUCUACCAGGUUGGUUUGAACAUUUCACCUGGAUCUUCUUGUCACUGCUCUGAACCAGGGUGGUUCAGGGUGUGCUUCGCCAACAUGUCUGAAGACACGUUGAGGGUUGCAAUGCGACGCAUGAAGGCUUUCACGGACUCAGUGUUCUCUGCUAAUUUCAACGGAAUAAGGAGGAGUGGUUUUGCUCAGCAUAAUACCAAUUAUGCAACAAGAAGUUCAAUUGGUAAAUGGGUUUUCCAGUUAUCUUUGCAUGAGGAAUCUGAACCAUGUACACAUUGUGAGCUAUGACUCUGUUUUCAGAAGAUGCAAAGAAGUUGCCCCCGCAUAUGAUUUGUGUUAUUAAUGACGCCUUUAGGCUUUAGCUUAACGACAAUGAUUAGCAGCAUUGUAAUCUAGUUAUCUAGCCAAUAUAUGUUAUAUAUAUUAAAAUAAACUCAAGGGUUUAUGUAUUUGGCAUAUA